AAUGAGUUUCAUUGUGCCUCAGGACCCACUCACAAACGAGGAAACGUUUAGCACAGGAGUCAGUAUCAAAGAGGAGCCCAUCGACAGUGUCACCGAAGAGACAUGUCUGGACAUUAAGGAGGAACCACUCGAUUGUGAAGAUGAAAUGAGGGACGAAGUGAGUGACGUGAAAGUGAAACGUGAAUGUCAUAUCUUUCAAAAUCUUCACGACCUAAGACACAAAGCAAAGGCGAAGGAAUUGUGUGACUUGGUUCAGAAAUGUAAUGACAUGUUGGGAGUGCCAUUUGUGGUUGGGAAGGGGAAGCCAUACAGUUGUGAGAUUUGCAAUAAGACAUUUUCUGUGAAAAGUCACCUGGUGAGGCACAUGAGAGUACAUACAAAGGAAAAGCCAUACAGCUGUGAGAUUUGCAGUAAGGCCUUCACUGAGAAAUGUACUCUUAUAAGGCACAUGAGAGUACAUACAAAGGAGAAACCAUACAGCUGUGAGAUUUGCAGCAAGGCCUUCUCACAUAAACAGAUUAUGGUGAGGCACAUGAGAAUACAUACAAGAGAGAAGCCAUUUAUGAAAUGAUAACUCAUAUAAUUGUUGACUAAUGCCUCAUAGGCAAGUACAUACAAAGGAGAAUCCAAACACCUGUGAGGUUUGCAAUAACUUCCAGUCUAUAUAUUUGUACAUAAAGGUCACAAACUAUCUAAAAGGUAGAUAAUACGUCCCAAGGGGGAACAUGAGAUUAAAUGCAUGAUAUUUCAUCUAAAAGGAACAUGCUUGACAUUUUUGGAGAAAAAUUGUCCUAAAUUUUGGAGGAUCUCAUUUCCUGAUUUAU